AUUCUUGUGUGUUGUUUCUUUUACAAGCAACCAUUCUUACUCUUAACUCAACAACAGAUAAAUUAUGAACAGUCUAGCGAGCCUGGGAGGCGUCAAUUUUUAACUGAGGCGGAUGACAUUCGUGAUGUACUGACAAACGAAACAGGUACUGAAUCUGUCAUAGGUAUAUCAUUUGAUAUAUCCAAUGUAGGAGAGGUUUUUGUAAGUAAGGGAGCUUUUCAAGGAAUGUGUAAUCUCCGUUUCCUAAGAAUAAUCAAUAAAGAUAGUCUUUCUGGUGGAGAAGGUACUUUGGAAUUACCAGAAGGUAUAGAGUUUUUAUCUUCUUCUCUUAGGUUACUAGAUUGGGGUGGCUGCCCAAUAAAAAGUCUGCCUCCAAGAUUUCAGCCGGCACAUCUCGUCGAACUUCGUAUGCCAGAAAGCAAACUCGAGAAGCUCUGGGGAGGAACCCAGCCCCUUCCUAAUCUCAAGAUCAUAGAUCUAAACCGAUCCCGUAGAUUGAAAGAAAUCCCAAAUCUUUCAAAUGCUACUAAUCUCGAGAGAUUGAUACUUGAGGGCUGCAAAAGUUUGGUGGAGCUUCCCUCUUCUAUUAAGAAUCUACAAAAACUGAAGGAACUAAAUGUUCAAUGGUGCUCUAUGCUGCAAGUUAUUCCCAACAACAUCAACUUAGCAUCUCUUAAGAGACUCGACAUGAGUUAUUGCUCCCGGUUGAGCACUUUUCCAGAUAUCUCCAAAAACAUCAAGACUCUCAAUCUCGGAGAUACAGAGAUAGAAGAUGUCCCUCCAUCAUUUGCUGAAUAUUUUUCUCGUCUUGAGCACCUUAACAUUUGCAGCAUAAGCCUCAAGAGAUUGACACAUGUCCCACUCUGUAUAACUUCGCUAGUUCUUAGUGGCAGUCAUAUACAGAGGAUUCCAUAUUGCGUCAUAGAUCUCACUCGUCUAUCAUGGCUUGCCGUUGAAAAUUGCCGAAAACUCAAGUCGAUUCCGGAUCUUCCCCCCUCCCUAGAUACACUAGAUGCAAAAGAUUGUGUAUCACUCAAGAGAGUACGCUUCUCUUUCCAUAACCCAACCGAGAGACUCGAUUUCAGUCACUGUUUGAAACUGGAUGAAGAAUCAAUAAGAAGAAUCAUACAAAAAUCAAUUUACGAUGUUGUAUGCUUACCAGGUAAAAAGAUCCCUGCAGAGUUCACUCACAAAGCUACAGGGAGAUCCAUAACCAUCCCUUUGGCUCCGGGUUCUCUCUCUGCUUCCUCAAGGUUUAAGGCUUGCCUUCUCUUUUUGCCAGUUGCGAACUACAACUAUGGAGAUAUAAGUUGCAGUAUAAGAAGCACAGGAGGUGUUACAGCCCACAAUUUGAAAUGGCAUACACCACUUUUUUUCAAGUCACAACAUCUGGUUAUAUGUCAUGGUAACUUGUUUCGCCAACGAAGCAAAUGCCAAGAAGUGGAUGUGACUUUGAGCGAAGUGGAUAUGACUAUGAGCGAGAUUACAUUUGAGUUCAACCACAAGUACAAAGGUGACAAGAUUAUUGAGUGUGGUGUACAGAUCAUGACUGAGGAAGCUGAGGUUAGCUGCAGCAGGGAAUUGGACAGCUUUGAAACCGAGGGUAGCAGCAGCGAAAUGGACGAUUAUGAAACUGAGAGUAUCAGCAGCAGCGAAGAUGAAUACGACAGAGCGGAAUUCUCGUGGAGUCUCAUGAGACCAAACCAGUUUUUGUACCUUCUUAGCUUCUUCACCAUCUUCAUAGGGUACUAUCUCGUUAAAAAAGAUAGAGAUGGAGAUUGUACAGCUCUGUAAAUUAAGAUGAAAACAUCCUUGGUUGUUUGAUUUCGUUUGGGAAGCUUAAAUCUGGGGUAGAAGAAAAAUACAAAAUCUUCAUCUUAGAUCGUAGGACUCGGUCAUGGGAAAGAAGAUGGAACUUCCAUUAUAUUAGCCAUUGUGUACUUUUAUUGGCUUGAGUAAAUUUGUAAUUUAUUUCAAAUUAGUUAUGCAUUUGAUCGGUAAAGCUUAAUGAUUCUGAUUCGUGGUCUUUAACCAUAGUAAAGUCAAGGUUAAAUCCUCAUUUGUAUCUUGUUAUUGCUUAGGUCAUCCCAUUGACGAGCAUAAGUAUUUGGCAUACACUA